AUGAUCGGCCCUGGCGUCCACGUCGGGUUCCUCGACGCGCACCUCGACGCUGCGCACGCUCCCCGCCUUGCAGCGGCCUGCACGGAUCUCGGUGCCGAGCUAUGCGUCCUCGCUGUCGCUGCCAUUUUCGUCCCACGAGUGCACGUUUGCGUUGGCGGUGGGAAGCUUGUUGUUGCCGUCGCUCGCGUCCUCGCUGGAUGCGGCAUCACGCGGCGCGACGGCGGCGACACUCGCAAGGAGCUCCGCGCCGAGGCUGCACCUGCAGAGCACGCGGUACGCACGCACGAGCGCCGUGGCGUCGCAGUGCGCGCGCAGCGUGAGCAGCCCGCCGUCGAGCAGUGGGUGGUGCCGCGCGUUGGAGAAAAGGUCUUGUUUAAGUGGUCAUGCAUUGUUAGUAAGCGGCAAUUUACUGGUAAGUGA